AUGGCCACGCUUGCCAACCUAAAGCGCACCCUUGUGCAAGCCGCCAUAACAGAUACCGCAAUCUUGUCUUCCAGGAGAGUUCCCCUGACGGACGCCCAGUAUGCUGCUGGUUUCUCCGCUUUCACACAAGGUCCCAGCUGGUCAAGCUACUGCGACUUCAUCAUCCCCGAGUUAUCGUAUCUGCUCGCUCCUCUCGAAAAGUCGAACGCAUCUAUAUCGGUAUUGGAGAUUGGACCGGGACCGAAGAGUGUGCUUGGUGACCUGCCAGAGAGCCUACGAGCCAGGAUCCGACGAUACACUGCUUUUGAGCCGAAUGCUUUGUUCGCCAGGAAGCUAGAAGAAUGGUUGGAUGGGAAGGAAGAGAUGAGUAAGAACUUGGGUUCGCCGUUUGCAGGCCACAAGGGUGAUUUUAUCAUCCAUCAGGCUCCUUUCAAUGUCGACAACGAUACUACCAUUGAAGUUAGCAGUGUCGAGAAGUACGAUAUCAUCUUAUUCUGCCAUAGCAUGUAUGGGAUGAAGCCGCAGCACAAGUUCAUCGAGCAAGCCAUCAAAAUGCUCGUUGACGGUGGAAUUGUCGCAGUUUUUCACCGUGAGGGUUUACACAUCGACGGCUUGGCAUGUCAUCAUUCGGCAUCUUAUCCCACUGGAGUGACCGGGGUACAAGACAACGACGAUGCGUUGGACUGCUUCGCGUCCUUCGUUGCUGGUUUCACCAUACACGAUGUCGACGAAAAGAAAGCUAUCCAACCGAUAUGGCGAAAGACAUGUCGUGCUCUAGCCCGUCGCGAAAAUGCUUACCCGAACACGCUCCUGUUCAGUGCGCCUGAGGUCAUGGUGGCUUUCAACCAGCACGCAAACACAGUACCGGAGCUAACAAUAGAUGUGCUUCCGGUACUAGAGCACAAGCCAGUCAAGAAUAAAGAAGCUUGUUCGCAGCGCCCGGCUACCAUUGUGAGACCGGCAUACGUCAAUGACGUUCAGACUUGCGUCUGGUGGGCACUGGAGCAUGGACUGGGUUUGACCAUCGUCGGUGGAGGGCACAGCGCGCACUGUCUCAGGUCCAACGUUGUAGCGAUUGACAUGAGUGCAUUCGACUGCGUAAGUGUUCUCGCUGGAGAAGAUAGAGAAGAAGGGUUGGGUAAUGACUCCAGUCCAUUGGUGGUGGUUGGCGCCGGAUGCAAGGCAGACAAGAUUAUCAACUACAUGCAGAGCGAAGGACUUACCAUACCCUUGGGAUCCCGUCCAAGUGUUGGAGCUGGGCUAUGGUUACAAGGUGGUAUCGGACAUCUUACCAGACUUCAUGGACUUACCUGCGAUAGCAUUGUUGGCGCCGUGAUGAUCAGCGUUGCUUCUGGGGAGAUCAUUCAUGUCGGUUGUGUACCCAGUAAGCAUGUUCCGGCAGCGUCCAGUCGUCCCGAGAACGAAGCCGACAUAUUGUGGGCGCUGAAAGGUGCCGGAACGAAUUUCGGUGUUGUGGUCAGUGUCACCUUCAAGGCUUAUCCCGCUCCCACCUACGUCGUACGAAACUGGGUCCUCCCAUUGACCAAUCACGCCGACGCCAAACGAAAACUCAAAGAAUUCGAAGAGAAGGUCGCAAAUGCGUACGACAAUACUUACUCAGCAGACGCAUACCUGUACUGGGAAAAUGAGAGAUUGAACCUUGGCAUCACCACAUUCGACACCACCGCAUCAUAUAUGACCACGAGAUCUAAGCUCAAUGGCGAUAUAUGGGGAACGGAGAAUGAUUUCAGAACCAUGAACGGCUUUGAAGUAUUCGAAGCUGAGAUGUACAUGUCAGCAAUGCACGGUGGCCAUGGUGGUGGGAAGACAUCGUCUUUCAAGCGUUGUGUGUUCCUCAAGGCUGUUGGAGGACCAAGGGUCGCUCAUUUCUUAGUCACAGCAGUCGAAUCUCGUCCAUCAUCGUUCUGCUAUCUUCAUCUGCUGCAUGGCGGAGGCAGAGAUGGCGAGGUUACACCAGAUACGACUGCUUUCGGUUGCCGAGAAUGGGACUUCGCUUGCGUCAUCACCGGGGUGUGGCAUCGGGAUCAAGAUGGUACAAAGAUUGCUCAAGCUUCUGUACAAUGGGUAUAUGAGGUCGUCGAGAGCUUGCUACUGUUGAGCAACGGAAUCUAUGGAGCUGAUCUUGGCCCAGACCCUCGAGAUGCAGUGCUGGCGCAGAGAGCUUUCGGACCCAAUGCUGUGCGUCUUGGUCGUCUGAAGCGCGUGAUGGACCCACACCACGUUUUGGCAUGGACUUGUCCGCUGCCGAAACCGCCAUUGCCAAAAUUGAUCACUCUUGUCACUGGCGGACAUGGUGCUGGCAAAGACUAUUGUGCUAGCGUGUGGUGUUCUUCCUUCUCGGAUAUGCAAGAGAACGAAACCUUCUCGACACACUGUACUCACGCGCGAGUUGUACGCAUUAGUGAUGCUACGAAACGCGAAUACGCUACGGAGACGCAUGCUGAUUUCAGGCGCCUUGUGGAAGAUCGUGAGUAUAAAGAAGAGCAUCGCGCAAAAUUGACGGCUUUCUACAAGGAGCAGGUGCGACGACGGCCAAGAUUGCCUGAGGAGCACUUCCUGAAGCUCGUGCAUGACGCCGCAGACGCGGACGUUGAUGUUUUGUUCAUCACUGGGAUGAGAGACGACGCACCCGUCGCAUUCUUUUCUCAUCUGGUACCGGAGAGCAGAGUCGUUGAUGUCCGCGUUCAGACCAGCGAGAACUCAAGGGUCGCCCGUGGCGUGGUUAGCGACAGUAAGGCAAACGUGACAGCCCUGUCAUAUCGUCCGAACCGUAUUUUCGAGAACAACUUGCCAGGGCCAAGAGCUGCGCAUGAAUUUGCUCAGAGCUGCUUACACCCCUUCAUUCACAGCGACAUACAGCGACUGGCCGACAUGGUACGCGCAGUCCCAGAUUUUCCCAAGCCAGACAUCCAAUUCCGUCACGUCCUCGGUAUCUCGCAGCAACCAGGCGGCCUCACUCUUUGCGCAUCACUGCUGCAGAGUCAUUUGACUGAGAGCUGGGCCGGGGUCGACGCAAUCGUGUGUUGCGAGGUGGGCGGUCUUGUUUUUGCGCCGGCGUUGGCCUCGCUGGUUGGAGUGCCCCUCGUACCGAUCCGCGAAGCUGGCAAGCUUCCCCCGCCUACAAUCUCCGUCGCUAAGGAUACGUCGUACAUCUCUUCUUUGACUCGCGGUCAAACCAAUGUCGGAAAGCGCAUCGAGAUAGAGCGAGGCGCAAUCGUUGGCUGCGAGUCAGCCGUCGUGGUGGACGAUGUGCUGUCGACAGGUGAGACGCUUUGCGCGGUGCUGCGUCUGUUGAAGAAGGCUGACGUUGAGAAAAUCGUGGUCAUGGUCGUCGCCGAGUUUCCACUCCAUCGUGGGCGUAGAUUGCUACAGAAGCGCGGAUUCGGUAUGGUCAGAGUGCAGAGCUUGCUUGUGUUUGGUGGUCAAUAG